AAAAUUGUAAUAUGCCAUAUUUCUCAUGGACGUUUUCCCCUUUCGGCUGCUCAGGAGAAAAUGCUGAGGUGCUGCCGCACGGUUCCUGACGCGGACCGCGGAGGGCUUCUGGGGCCUUCUCCGCGGAGCAUCGGCAGCAGCAGUCUCGCACCGGAGGCGAGUUGAGCAGCGCCCGGCGGACCUGGUGCGUGCGUGAGAGCGGGAGAGCGCGCGCCCCCAUUCGGGAGAGGCUACGGUCUGGACUGGUUCACUGGAGACGCCGCCAGCAGAUCAGGCAUUAGAAAUGAUGUGCGAAGUGAUGCCGACGAUCAACGAGGACACCCCCAUGAGUCAAAGGGGGUCCCAGAGUAGUGGGUCAGACUCAGAUUCUCACUUUGAACAGCUGAUGGUGAACAUGCUAGAUGAAAGAGAUCGUCUCCUUGAUACACUUCGGGAGACGCAGGAAAGUCUGUCUCUUGCACAGCAACGCCUUCAGGAUGUCAUCUAUGACAGAGAUUCCCUUCAGCGACAGCUCAGCUCUGCACUUCCACAGAUGACGGUUGCUGCUGGUACGAGCAUUGAGAAUAACAUUCAAAGGACCAUAUCCUGCCCUAAUGAAUUUGCUGCACUUACAAAAGAGCUAAAUGCAUGCAGGGAACAACUAUUGGAAAAGGAAGAAGAAAUUUCAGAACUGAAGGCUGAAAGAAAUAACACUAGACUGUUACUGGAACAUUUGGAGUGCCUUGUUUCAAGACAUGAAAGGUCAUUGAGAAUGACAGUGGUGAAACGCCAAGCACAGUCCCCCUCAGGAGUUUCCAGUGAAGUUGAAGUUCUGAAAGCAUUGAAAUCCUUGUUUGAGCAUCACAAAGCUUUGGAUGAAAAGGUAAGGGAACGACUGAGGGUUUCUUUAGAAAGAGUCUCUGCACUUGAGGAGGAACUAGCCACAGCUAAUCAGGAGAUUAUAGCUUUGCGUGAGCAAAAUUUACACAUUCAAAGGAAAUUGGCAUCAGGAGAGAGUCCUCUUGACUCAGAACAUAUCAAAGGAAUAGAGUCAGGACAAAAGAUUCACGAAAAGCGCCUAUCAAAUGGCUCAAUAGAUUCAAAUGACGACACCAGUCAAUUGGUGGAGCUACAAGAGCUUCUUGAAAAACAGAAUUAUGAAAUGACACAGAUGAAGGAACGCUUGACUUCGUUGUCUUCGAGAGUUGGGGAAGUAGAGCAAGAUGCAGAAGCAGCUAGAAAGGAACUCAUUAAAACUGAAGACAUGAACACCAAAUAUCAGAGGGACAUUAGAGAGGCUAUGGCACAGAAAGAAGACAUGGAAGAAAGAAUUACAACUCUGGAGAAGCGUUACCUAAGUGCACAGAGGGAAUCCACCUCCAUCCAUGACAUGAAUGAUAAGCUAGAAAAUGAACUUGCAAACAAGGAGGCCCUCCUGCGUCAGAUGGAAGAAAAAAACAGACAGCUUCAAGAACGUCUUGAAUUAGCUGAGCAAAAACUACAGCAAACAAUGCGGAAAGCAGAGACAUUGCCUGAAGUGGAAGCUGAACUGGCUCAAAGAAUUGCAGCACUAACAAAGGCUGAAGAGAGGCAUGGCAACAUUGAAGAACGCAUGAGACACUUGGAAGGUCAGCUGGAAGAAAAAAAUCAGGAGCUUCAAAGAGCCAGACAAAGAGAAAAAAUGAACGAAGAGCACAACAAACGGUUAUCAGAUACUGUGGACAGGCUUUUGACAGAAUCUAAUGAACGUCUGCAGCUACACUUAAAAGAGAGAAUGGCAGCCCUGGAGGAAAAGAAUGUUUUAAUACAGGAAUCUGAUCGCUUUCAAAAGAACUUGGAAGAAUCAUUACAUGACAAGGAAAGAUUGGCAGAGGAAAUAGGCAAGCUGAGAUCUGAACUUGACCAACUGAAAAUAAGAGCAAGUUCUUUGAUUGAGCCCACAUUGUCAAGGCCACAUCUUGAUUCAUCAGCAGAACUGAGGUACUCUGUGGGUUCAAUAGUUGAUAGUCAACCAGAUUAUAGAUCUACAAAAGUGAUAAGAAGACCUAGAAGAGGCCGUAUGGGAAUCCUCAGAGAUGAACCAAAGGUGAAAUCCCUCGGAGAUCAUGAGUGGAAUAGAAAUCAGCCACUUGCAGUUUUGAGUAGCCAUCCAUUUGAAAGUGACACAGAAAUCUCUGACAUUGAUGAUGAUGAUAGAGAUACUAUUUUUAGUUCAAUGGAUCUUCUAUCACCAAGUGGGCAUUCUGAUGCUCAGACUCUUGCUAUGAUGCUUCAGGAGCAACUAGAUGCAAUCAAUAAAGAAAUCAGGUUAAUUCAAGAAGAAAAGGAGUCAACAGAAUUGCGUGCUGAAGAAAUAGAAAACAGAGUCGCCAGUGUGAGUCUAGAAGGUUUAAAUCUGGCCAGAGUACAUCAUGGAACAUCCAUUACUGCUUCAAUUACAGCUUCCUCACUUGCAAGCUCUUCUCCUCCUAGUGGGCACUCAACCCCAAAACUCACGCCCCGUAGCCCAGCCAGGGAAAUGGACAGGAUGGGUAUUAUGACACUGCCAAGUGAUCUCAGGAAGCAUCGGCGAAAGAUUGCAGUUGCUGAAGAAGAUGGACAUGAAGACAAAGCCACAAUAAAAUGUGAAACCUCCCCUCCUUCAACACCUAGAGCCAUUAGAAUGACACAUACUCUGCCUUCUUCAUACCACAAUGAUGCCAGAAGUAGCUUGCCUGCUUCCUUGGAACCAGAAAUCAUUGGUCUUGGCAGUGUCAGUAGCAGCCAGGACUCCCUACACAAAGCUCCCAAGAAGAAAGGAAUCAAGUCUUCAAUAGGACGUUUGUUUGGUAAAAAAGAGAAGGCUCGACUUGGACAGCUCAGAGGCUACAUUGAAACUGAAGCUGCUGUGCAGGAUUCGUUGGGAUUGGGUAAACUUGGGACACAGGCAGAAAAAGAUCGAAGGCUAAAGAAAAACACAUCUGGGCAUGAACUUCUGGAAGAAGCUCGAAGGAAGGGAUUACCUUUUGCUCAGUGGGAUGGGCCUACAGUGGUUUCAUGGCUAGAGUUGUGGCUAGGAAUGCCUGCCUGGUACGUUGCUGCUUGCCGUGCAAAUGUGAAAAGUGGUGCCAUUAUGUCUGCCUUAUCUGAUACAGAGAUUCAGAGAGAAAUUGGAAUUAGCAACCCUCUCCAUCGUCUAAAGCUCCGUCUGGCAAUCCAGGAGAUGGUCUCUCUCACAAGCCCAUCAGCUCCUCCAACAUCUAGAACACCCUCAGGCAAUGUUUGGGUGACCCAUGAAGAAAUGGAAAAUCUGGCAGCUCCAGCCAAAACGAAAGACAAUGAGGAGGGAAGUUGGGCUCAGACCCUGGCUUAUGGUGACAUGAACCAUGAAUGGAUUGGUAAUGAAUGGCUUCCCAGUUUGGGAUUACCACAGUAUCGAAGUUACUUCAUGGAGUGCUUGGUAGAUGCAAGGAUGUUAGACCAUCUCACAAAGAAAGAUCUACGUGUACACUUAAAAAUGGUAGAUAGCUUUCAUCGUACAAGUCUACAGUAUGGAAUCAUGUGUUUAAAGAAACUAAAUUAUGACAGAAAAGAACUAGAAAGGAGAAGAGAAACAAGUCAGCAUGAAAUAAAAGAUGUGUUGGUUUGGAGUAAUGACAGAGUCAUACGCUGGAUACAAGCAAUUGGAUUACGAGAAUAUGCAAACAAUGUUUUAGAAAGUGGUGUGCAUGGAUCACUCAUAGCCUUGGAUGAUAACUUCGAUUAUGGCAGUUUAGCUUUAUUGUUGCAGAUUCCAACACAGAAUACACAGGCACGGCAAAUCCUGGAGAGAGAAUACAAUAACCUAUUGGCACUAGGAACAGACAGGCGACUUGAUGAAACUGAUGACAAGAAUUUCAGGCGUGGCUCUUCUUGGAGAAGACAGUUUCCUCCACGUGAAGUCCAUGGAAUCAGCAUGAUGCCUGGCUCUUCAGAAACGUUGCCAGCUGGGUUCAGAUUAACCACAACAUCAGGGCAGUCACGAAAAAUGGCAACUGAUGUUGCUUCAGCACGAUUGCAGAGGUUAGACAGUUCUACAGUUCGCACAUAUUCAUGCUGACAAGGCUAGCUAAAAACAAGAACAGCAUUUGAGCUGAUAUGUCACCUCUUUCUUCUACUUUACCUGAAGUGCACUACUACCAUCUUAAGAAGAUUUUUAUUCAAGAACAGGGUAAACAGUGAAGAAAUCAUAAAUAAAUGUUUAUCAGAUGAAAACGCUUGGUCAUCUUUUUACAUAUUAAGUUAUAAGGUGUAGCCUGUUAAGUAUUAUUGCUAUGCAAUUCUCAUUCAUUUCAGUAGAGUUUACAUAGGAUAUGGGGACAAAUCCCACUGAAAUUAAUGAAGAAUGUGCAGCAAUAGUACUGGACAGACUGAAUCUUUUGGUUAUCUCAAAAAAACAGUUACUAAAUAAUUUUUAAAAAUAAACCCCAGCCUAACUUUCAUCAGGAAUUUGGAUGAAGUAAAAAGAAGAUACUUUUAAACUUGUUUUCAUCUGUUUUAUUGUAAUAUAAUAGAAUUUACAUAUUUACUGUGUAUGUAUUUCUUUUCAUAUGCGUAAGUUUCAUGUAAAUGAAUAUAAAUAUGAUUUUUUUAACAAAUUAAAUCUAUGGUACAUGGGACCUUAGUGCAAACUACUGUUUGUAUCUUUCCACUCCACCAUUUUUACAGUUUUGAAUUGUAGCCAUUCACUGGAUAUGUUUAGCAGAAUUAUUAGAUGCUUCAACAUGUUCCUACUUUUUUAAAAAAAUUCUGUCAAUAUUUAAAGCUCAAUAUUUAAAGCUCAAUAUUUACAACAAAAUGGUGUAAAUGUGGAACUGGAGCCAAAAAAAUGGAUCUGCUAAGGCAAACCAGAAUUGUUAUACAUAAUCUUGUAAAAAAAGUACUGUGAUGGCUCUCCUUUUUAAACUGAUAUGAACAAAAAACUGUUUGUAAAGGUCAAAAACAAUUACAGGAAAGUAACAAAGACAUUCUCCUUAUGGCUAUUAAUGGACCAAGAAGAAACAUUCUUUGCUAAGAAUCUUUUCUCCUUCCAAUUUCUACAUAUGCCAGCCAACAUCAAACAACAAACAAACAAAACCACGAAGGGAAAAGAUUAACUCUGUUCUUCAAGUUUUCAGUUGUAUAAAAAUGUUCUCUCAUUUUGUCUCUAUCAUAGGGUAUUAGACAGCUGUCUGUCUAAUGUUACACUUUAUCCAAGAUGGCCUUGCUAAGACUUCGCUGAAGUCACUUUAUCAGAGGAAAUAACUGAAAGACAGAAAAGUAACAUAUAGUGUAUAAAAGUUUAGAGGAGAAAUUAUUACCUACUGUGGCUUUAUUUGGUGGUGUUAUUGAUGUUUAUUCUUUGUUUAUAUGGGAAGUUUCAAAGUAAGACCUAUUUAAUACUGUCAUUUACCUGCUAUUUGCUAUCUUUCACUGCCUGACCUUAGCUUAAGACUUGUCUUUUGGUUAUUUUUUUCAGCAAGUUGAUCUGUCAACAUCUUGCACGUACAUUUGUUUUAUCGCAUACUUUUAUUUACCAGACUCCACUUAACCAAACGGUGACAGAUUUUUCUCCCAACUGUCAAUAAAAAAACCAGUGCUGUUUAUGUGUUCAGUGUG